AUGAAACAACAUGCGGCUGGUCCGCUGACAAUGAUGCGCUGCGACUUGCUCCAAUGGGCAACAUGGGCGUUUACCAAUCACCGCCUCCAACAUCGUUCCAGCGAGUGCGGCCUCCUCGUGUACUAUUGGAUUCGCCUCGAGGCCAGUCCAGCUGCAUCAACUGACCUCAGAGGUGGCUGCGGAGCACGCGAAGGACACUGGGGAUUCGGCCCGAGUUCACAGUAUAAAGAGGGCUGUCGGUCCUGUAUUGCUUUUCAGUGUGCUGCUCCCACAUUGAAGACGAUGCCCGAUCCACUCGACGAUGCAUCUCUAUUCGAAGCUGCAGGUGAUUUCACGCUGAGUACAAUCGAAAAAUAUCGCGACGAGAUGUUCCCUGCCGCUCUCGGUGACCCUUCCCAUGUGCCGUACUUCUCGGCGGAGCUGGCGCCCGAAUGGAUGACGGCGCAAGGAUUCACUCUUUGGCAAGAGUACGAUCCCAGCGAGCCCAUACACCCUCUGCACACACCCGAGCACGCUAGACUCAACGAGCUUCGAGCAUAUCGGGCUCAGAUUAUCGGCCCGGCAUAUCAGAAAACCCCGUUCUUUGAUUUGGGGCGAACGCGGGACUGGGUCGCCCGCGGGCCAUUUCAGGCAUGGCUCAAUGCUCGUCAACGAGACGAACCCCACAAUCGAGGACGUACACCGUUCCGAAACACUCCAGCAAGUUCACGCCACUCAUCCACUGGUAUCUCGGUUGCCACAAGCCCCCUCCCCUCUCGCGCUGCCUCUGAGGCUGGCAGUCAUGUUUUUUCGCGCGCUCCGUCCAUCAUAUCCCGCUCACGCUCAGCCUCCCUCUUUGCGUCAUCGCGAGGAGUUUCCGUGGAUUCAUCUUCGCGUGCUAGCUCCGUUGAGCCGCCCCAGCUUAGAUCUGGGUUGCCGACGACUUGUAUAUGGCAGCGCGGCAUAAACGCAAAAGGAGCAGCGGCCCUCCAUUCAAUCAAGAUCACGCGGGAGCUCUCUGUCGACAAUAUCAUUCGGCUCAACGCUGCCCCGAAGACCUGGACGGUCCCGCGCGACUCCAGUGCAUAUCUGCUCGAUGUCUCCGCCACUCCAGAGGUUCUGGUUACCCGACGCGGGAAGAGGCAGACCAUUGAUGCAUACAUCAAGGCUGAGGAUCAGGAUGCGUGGGAUGGCUCAACGGGGCAUAAGCGCGGCGAUGUAUGGGUAUAUGCGUUUGGCGAGCAACGUGUACGCGCCCGGCGUGCACAACUCCGUUGCAAGGGCGUUAUGACGUGUGAGCACGCAUCCGAAGAGCUAUUUGCCGACUGCGAACGAUUCGAACCGGACGAGGAAGUGAUGCACGACCUCUGGAGCCACGAGCUGGACGCCAACGAAAGAGAAGCUGCAUCUGUCGAGGCUAUUAUGUCCCGACUAUAUGUGCGCGCCAUGAACUCCAAGUGUAGGGCAGACUGCGAUGGGGUUCCUGUUCUCAUUGCGCUCUACAAUGGCCCCAACCAAUAUGGCAAGUUUUAUUUUGUCGGCUGCUCGAAAUGGACGGCCAGUGAGCGAUGGUUGCAUCGAUACAUCCCCAUUCCACCCAACGUCGAUGAGAACACCUUUAAAUUUGUUAUGGAGAGUGGCGGAAAACUCCCCGGGGCUGGUGAACUCGACUUUAAUCGGCAAUGUGUCCUGUCUGUUCAUCCCCGACUUGGUUUGAAGUAUUGUGUAUUCAGCCAUGUACUUGGUGGGCAAAUUCAAUCCGCUCGCAUGGUUCCGCACAAAUGUGAGACGAAAAUGAUUGUAUUUAUCCCAGUCCGUCCGCCCAGCAACACGAGCCAUCCUGACUGGUAUCAAUGGCGGGAUGAGUAUGAGCACCUCGCCUUGGUCUACCUCGAGAAUGCACAUGGGCAUCCUGUCCACCCUGAGAAUAAGCCUAGUGGACAGGAUACCCGUCGACUGGACGAGGCGAUGGAUGCACUCGGGGUUGAAAAUCUUACUGUGCAAACACUCCUGAAUGCACAGUCUACUUCCGCACUUUAUGGUGGUAGACAGGUCAGCGAUGUCAGCCCUGCGUUUGCAGAUGUCCGCAAAAUUCGGGACCGGAUUGCUCAGCGCCGAAAAGAGGAGUUUCCGAAGGGCACUGGCUGGGAAGGUGUUCUACACUACAUUGCGACCAAGGAGCAUGAACUGCCAGUUUCACAGCGCUACAUUCAUGCUGCGAUUACCAACGCUGACUACAACAUUGUUGUGACAAUGCAUCCGGCGCUUGCACAGCACAUCCACGGUGUCCUUGCGAUCGCGAUCGACUAUACGUUCAAGCGGGUGGAUGGAGAUCUGGAUGAGUGGGAAGUCGUCGGCUUCUCGGAGCGAUAUAAGCGCCGUAUCUGCUUUGCGACACUCUACUGUGACCGGAAGACCCGACCGUCAUAUGAGCGGUUAUUUACAGAGUUUUUCGAUACAAUCAACCGUGUCACCGGUCAACAAUUCCGUUUGCGUCCUUUUUUCCCCGAUGCCAACUGCCGCGCUGUCAUUAUGGAUGGUGAAGUUGCGCAAGCACAAGGGUUAGGCGACUUUCUCAUGCGCUACAACAUGCCCUCAAUCAGCAAAAUCGAAGAACUCGAGCCUCUUACGUUGAUUCAAUACUGCCUCAAGACUUGCACCACCCAUUUUCAAAGGCAUAUCGAUGAGCUCUCGCGCGCGAAGGUCCCCAGCGAUGUGAUAGCACGACUCAAAUCCAUCCUCGGAUUGACGACACAAGAAGACAUUGACGCCUGGCAUAGCUUCUGUCGACGACAAACGAUCCCUGAAGUGAAAAACUGGUAUGCCCAGAAACUGGCAAAUCCCUGGUACCUGGCCUCCGUUAAUGUAUUUCUCUCCCGAAUCACACCGGACGAUCACCGACUCACUCCAAAUACCACAAAUCUGGCCGAAACGGCCCACGCUGGUAUGAAUGCGCAGACAUCGACUCGAUUGGCGCUCCUGCCCGGAAUUCUCAAGAAGCAGGCCCGGGACAACACAUUAGUAGAUGAGCUGCGUCAAGCAGCCCGAGGGGCAAUGCGCAAACGAUGGAAUGGUGUUGCUGCCCGCGAGAAACUGUCGGCACAGCGUCAAGAGUGGUCGGCACAUGCUGCCUAUAAUCGCAACGAGCAGCUCUUGCGCUUCGAUGAGCUCUCUCUAGAGCGAACCGAAGGACAGGAGGAGUCGAAGCUCUCGCUUGCUCGGGAGAAACAGCUUCAGAAGGAUGUCGAGCGGCUGCAGGAUGAGAUUCGGGUUGAUAAGCGGCGCGAUGACUUGAAGGACGAAGUAAAGGUCUUGCGAGCGGAGAUUGCCGCCGAGAAACAGGUGCGCCGUGACUGGGGAGCCCGGCGAAAAGAAAUCGAUGGCGAGCUUCGGGCGCUCCGGGCCGGUCCGUUGAAGGGUGUGCAGAUCAAUGGUCGUCGAGCCGACAGAGCCGAGGAAGGUGCGAGCCAGACUGAGUUCACCCCGGUAUCCCCCACGCUGCUACCUGCCUCUACUCUUUUGCCGGAGCAGUCCCGCCACGAUGCAGGGCAGACCGCCGCUCCCAUGCCCGUCAAUGAUUUCGACUUUUCCGGCAUGGACUUGUCAUGUUUUGACGAUGUCAGCAUAUCCCCGCUUCUCCCGCAGGCAUCUCUGCCGAACACAUCACCUACUGCACCGCCGGCGUCUCCAGUGGAUUUGAUACCCGACCCUGCUCCUUCAGCGGCAGCGCAGGCUUCCGAUACACUGUCCAUUCUGCAGGAGUGGGAGGCAGUCUACAGCGCCAGCUGA